UUGAUUAAUCAAGCCGAGAAUGUUUAUGCGGAAAAGUUGACUUUUCCUCAUUUUCCGUCCUUUACCCUUUUCCUUUUUUAUACUCGAGUAAUGAUGAGAUGAUAUUUAUAUGAUCUCUCUCACUCCUACUUUCUCUCCCGUCGAUUCUCAAUUCCCUCUCUCACCAUGUCUUUCCUCCGUCGCCUUAUCUCCGGAACUCCAACAUCCUCCCCCUCCCCCUCCGUUCCUUCAACCCCUUCUUCACCCCCAGCCAAAGGAGAAGAAAUGCGUCUGGCGCCCGUGUCAAGAAUUCUCACACAUAAAGAACUGAAAACUAGGAAACGACGUAAUACUUUUAUAUUCUUUCUUGGGGGACUUUUUGGGUUGGUAGUGGCGGGGUUUUUCGCCGGCAGAAAUGAUUUAAUUGAGUUACCGGAAAUGUUGGAGGGGAUUACCAUGGAUAGUUUGAUGGAUGUAUUGCCCGCAGGCUUUGUGAAGGAUGCGAGGGAUUUGGCUGUAGGUGCUGGUUUUUCCGUAUUGUAUCCCUCCCUGGAUUUCGGGUGGGAGGUUGGAGAAGGGAAGAGGGGAAGAGGAGUGUCUGAUGGGAUCUAUGCUAACAAAUUUCUGUUUGUAGAAGGGAGAACGGGAAGCUGUGAAUUAUGAUUCAUUCUCUGUGGGAUUAUAUCUCAAAGCACAGGGAAUUCGUGCGAAUCAUUCGGUUAUUAUGGUUCCCGGUGUCAUUUCGACGGGAUUAGAGUCUUGGGGUACGACGAAUGCUUCAAGACCUUUCUUUCGCAAAAGAUUAUGGGGAAGUUGGAGUAUGAUGAGAGCAUUGGUUGCAGAUAAAGAUGAAUGGAAACGACAUAUCAUGCUAGACAAACGUACCGGAUUAGAUCCACCAGGAGUCAAACUGAGAGCCGCGCAAGGAUUCGAUGCCGCCGAUUUCUUCAUAACGGGAUAUUGGAUUUGGAGUAAAAUAUUGGAGAAUUUAGCCACCAUUGGUUAUGAUCCUACGAAUAGUUAUACGGCGGCUUAUGAUUGGAGAUUGUCGUAUGCAAACAUGGAAGUUAGAGAUCAAUACUUUACAAGACUAAAGACGCAUAUCGAAAUGGCAAAAAAGAUUUCAAAUAAGAAGGUGGUGUUGGUUUCACAUUCUAUGGGUGGUCAAGUGCUAUUUUAUUUCAUGCAUUGGGUAGCAUCUUCAAGUGGUGGAAAUGGUGGAGAUGAUUGGGUUGAUAACCAUGUUGAUUCUUGGAUCAAUAUUAGUGGAUGUAUGCUUGGAGCUCUCAAAGGAUUGCCAGCAGUACUAUCUGGAGAAAUGAAGGAUACAGCUCAACUCAACGCAUUUGCGGUUUAUGGCCUGGAAAAAUUUCUCAAUAAAGAAGAACGAGCGGAACUCUUCCGAGCCAUGCCGGGGAUCUCUUCUAUGUUACCCAUGGGAGGUGAUGCCGUCUGGGGUAACGCGACCUGGGCACCAGAUGACACCCCUGGCCAAGAAGUCAGCUAUGGACAAUUUCUGAAUUUUAAAAAUCAAAAUACUUCAACGGGAUAUCGCAAUCUUACAGUAUCACAAUCUUUAGAGUAUUUGUAUAAUACCACAGAAGAUUGGUAUCAUAAGGCAGUUGAGGGUAGCUAUUCACAUGGUGUAGCUCAUACUACUGCUGAAGUAGAAGCAAAUGAGAAUGAUCCAAGAAAAUGGAUUAACCCGCUUGAGACAAGAUUACCUCUUGCACCGAAUUUGAAAAUCUAUUGUUUCUAUGGUAUGUUGUUUUCGCCUCAGAAUUUCACUAGCAACGAUGCUAAUAUCUAACAGGAAUUGGCAAACCAACCGAGCGCUCCUACUUUUACAGACACUCGGAUAACCCCCUUUCAUCCCUCAACAUCACAAUAGAUACCGGCUUAACACAAGCUAACAUAGACCACGGAGUCAUUCUCGGCGAAGGUGAUGGGACCGUCAAUCUCCUGAGCGUAGGUUAUAUGUGUAACCGCGGCUGGAAAUAUCAUCGCUAUAACCCCGCAGGUGUAAAAAUUAAAACUUACGAGAUGCCUCACGAACCGGAUAGAUUCAGUCCUCGCGGAGGCCCAACUACAGGAGAUCAUGUGGAUAUCUUGGGAAGACAUAGUUUAAAUGAUUUAAUACUAAGAGUGGCGGCGGGUAGAGGUGAAGAAAUUCAAGAAAUGGUUGUUAGUAGGAUUGCUGAGUAUGCAAGGAAUGUUAAGAUUGAGGAGGAGGACAAGUAUAAGGUGGCGGAAGAUGAUGAAAAUAAGGAGGAAGAAAGAAGAGGAAGAGUGAGGGAUAAGAUUGAGGAGAAGGCGGAGGAGGUGAUGGAGACGCUGGAAAAUAUUAUCAAAGGAAAGAGUGAGAGUGAGAAUAAGAAUAAGGACGAGUUGUGAUUUUUUUUUGAUAUGAUGGAAGGGGAAUUUUGCUUUCUUUAGGGAUUGGGAUACGGUUGUACCUUUGAUAGAAUGGGUUUGGGAUGGAAGCAGGGGAUUGUACAUACGACUGGCACAACACUUAUGAUAUCGUACGAAACAUUAAGGAAUAAAGCAGUAGGAUCCGUAAGGAUGGGAAAGAACUUGGAGUUGGGCGUUUUUGGGAGAAAGAAAGAAUGGAAGUGGAGUUUGAUAUCAUAGGGGUGGUUUAAGCAGAUGUAUUGUGUAGAUUAUGAUACUUGCAAUAGGUACUGUUUAGAUAUUAGAUGAG